AUGAGCACUACUUCGUCAAUCUCAGAGGAGCCCAAGGGCUCGCAGGUGGACCCUGCCCACAACUCAGAGGUGACCGUGGUAGACCUCAAGCAGGCCAUGGUCAAAGUGUCCUCCACGUCUGCAUCGACAUCGCAGAGCGAUGUCUCGUCGACGGAGAAAGGCGAGGUAUGGCUGGGGUACGAGAAGGACGAGCUUCCCGAAAAGAUCCAGGGCCAUUAUCUGCGCAACAUCCGCUUUCAGAUGAUGUCGCUAUACCGCAGACUGUUUGGUAUCGUCUUCUGCGUCAACCUGGGCGUAUUCAUCUGGUACGCGGUCAAGGGCGCGAACGCGGAGCAACUCAGCAGGGUUGUCAUCGGAAACCUCUUCACUGCCAUCCUCAUGCGACAGGAGCACGUAAUCAACGCGUUCUUCACUGUGGCUUGUCUGGCCCCGCGGUCGUGGCCGCUGUGGAUCCGGCGCAUCCUAGCGAGAGUGUAUUCGAUCGGUGGAAUCCACUCAGGUACCGGAGUCAGUGGGACCGUCUGGCUCAUCCUGUUUGUGGGCCAGGCAACACGCGAGGUGAUCAAGAAAGAAAAGACGAGCGUAGCCACCCUCACUGUGUCCUAUGUCAUUUUGGUGCUACUUUUGGCGAUGGUUAUUUUCGCUUGGCCGAAGUUCCGCAUCCAACACCACGAUGCCUUUGAGAUAAUUCAUCGAUUCGUCGGAUGGUCUGCUGUUGCUCUCGUAUGGGCUCAGGUAAUACUACUCGUCAAGGAUUACAAGAGCCCGGACGAGACACUCGGACACGCCGUAGCCCAGUCGCCUCCUUUCUGGCUCACGCUGAUCAUGUCGAUUUCUAUCAUCCUGCCAUGGGCUCGUCUGCGCAAGGUCCCAGUCCGUGCGGAAGUGCUAUCGGAACACUGCGUGCGACUCUACUUCGACUACGUGAACACACAGCCUGGCCACUUCACCCGCAUGUCCCUCAACCCUCUCCUUGAGUGGCACUCCUUCGCCACCAUCUCUGAGCCCGGCCAGAAGGGAUACUCGGCGGUCGUUUCGCGUGCCGGAGACUGGACGAAGCAGCAAAUUGGUAACCCGCCAGACAAGAUCUGGAUCCGCGGUGUCCCUUGCUACGGUGUCGUGCGCGUCACACCGAUGUUCCGUCGAGUGGUGAUGGUCGCGACUGGUAGUGGCAUUGGCCCGAUAGCCCCAGUUGUGUUCGCUAAGAAGACAGAGAUCCAAUUGCUCUGGACGGCGCCCGCGGUGCGGAAGACGUUCGGGGACAAGCUCGUGGACUCGCUACUGGAGGCGGCUCCCGGAUCUGUCAUCUAUGAUACUCGCCAACACGGCAGGCCAGACCUCGUGAAGCUCACGUAUCGGAUGGUCCAGGCAUUCAAUGCGGAGGCCGUUGUCAUCAUUUCCAAUCAGCCUUGA